AUGAGCUCUGUCAGCACAAAAGUUAAGGGAAUAAUGAUUCGUCAAUAUCCUUCCGAGGACGAUGAUUCCCAUCAGGUUGCUGACGGCGCUGACUUAGUGUAUCCAGCACUUGAAAAUAAUGCAUUUUUCAUAAUAACAAAUCAAAUUAAAACUUUUGGACAGAAAGCAAUGACAUGUCCAGGGGUUGAAGGAGUUGAUUCGGCAUGCAAUACGGACAAUGACUGCGUCCCUCUUAAAGCAUCGCCAUCAGAAGUCGGCGUGCACACGGGAAAUUGCCUCAAACAACCUUCAGGAUCUGGCGUCUGCGAACUAUAUGCCUGGUGUCCGUUAGAAAACGAUACACAUGUUCUUAAAGAUGGUCAGCGAACUCUAGAGUUCAUCCGAAAUUACACCGUUUACAUUAAGAAUGACAUCGAAUUCCCAAAGUUUAAAGUCAGAAGAAACAAUCGUGAGGCGUGGAUUUCAAAUGCAACAUUUGGAUCAUGCAGAUACGAUCCGGAUCAUCCUGCUAACAAAUACUGUCCAAUUUUUAAGCUGUCUACCAUCUUUGAUAAAACGGGCGUGGAUAUAAACACGAUUUAUAAAGGUGGAGUAUUGGGAAUAGUAAUUCGUUGGGAUUGUGAUCUUGAUUACGGAGUUGAAUACUGCAAGCCUCAGUAUUCGUUUACAAGCUUGGAGGACUCCGAUUACAAAUUUAGUGGGUUCAAUUUCAGGUAG